GUUUUUUUUCCCCUUUUAACUUAAGUACGCGUUUUGUGCCAUCUUGUGUAAGAAACGCUGUCAUAACUGAUGGGAUAUUUCUAAUGAUCCGAAGAAGGAGUCAAUUACCUGACCAUAAACCACUAAAUCCCUGGUGAUCUUAAGACCAGAAAGUGCUAAUUAGUCGCAUCUCUCCAUAUUUUCCCAAAUGCAACAGCGAGUGAUUCUCGCUGAUUCGUUUGUGACUCGAGUUUCAAGACCCCAUCUCAAAGAUGGGGUCCCCAUCUCAUAACAAGUAAGCCGCGGAAAGACACUAUCGACCCUUCAGGUUCCGCGUUCAAUCCUCACCCGCAAACAAAGGUUUCUGCAAGUUGGCCAGGUCUCCUGCAGCUAGCGCUCUACCUGCGAGCACGAUGGGCAGUAAGACUAUUCCGGCUCCAGUUCCCAUUCACCCAUCGCUGCAGCUGGCGAAUUACGCCUUUCUCCAAGCUUCCAACGGCAUCCCCACGCCACCAGAGCAGCUGCACAACCUCUACGGCUUCAGCACCCUGCACACCGUCCACCUCCACCAGUGGACCCUGGGCUACCCUCCGAUGCCUUUGCCCCGAUCGUCCUUUUCCAAAGUGCCCGCCGUUUCGGCUCUGGUUGACACUCGAUUUCAGCUGCCCACCAUCCCGAUCUUCCCCCAUGUAUUCCCGCCCAAGCAAGAAUCAAGCAAUGUUCCAAACAAGACAAGGCCUAGGUUCGACUUCGCCAAUUUGGCCAUUGCAGCCACCCAGGAGGAUCAUCCUAAACUGGGAGAAAUAGAUGAACAGUGUUCUCCUUCGGCCAUUGGUUCCCUGCUGGAUGUCACCAAGCUGUCGUCGGAAAGGAAGCCCACCAGGGGCAGAUUGCCGUCCAAAACCAAGAAAGAAUUUGUCUGUAAAUUCUGUGGCAGGCACUUUACCAAAUCUUACAAUCUAUUGAUUCAUGAAAGGACCCACACCGAUGAACGGCCUUACACGUGUGACAUUUGUCACAAAGCUUUUAGGAGACAAGAUCACCUCCGCGAUCACAGGUACAUUCAUUCCAAGGAAAAACCCUUCAAAUGUCAAGAAUGCGGCAAAGGAUUUUGCCAGUCCAGAACAUUAGCUGUUCACAAAACACUGCACGUGCAGGUAAAGGAGCUCAAAACUUCCAAAAUUAAAUGCUGAGCACAAGCUUGCAAACAGGACAUUGAGUGGAACUUUGAGCGCCUGUAAUGUGGACAUAUCUGUCAAAUUUAGAAGCAGCAUAGACUGUAUCUAUUCUGCCACCGACCUAUCCUGUUAUUUUAAUUCCAGUUGCGAACAGAUUACCUGUGGGAUUCCACUCUCAGAAGCCUAUGUCGUUUUCCAAAGGAGAACAAAAACUUAUUUGCUUCAGUAGAUUUCCUCCCAUUACAAAAAGGCUAUUGAACUCUGUCGCCCUUGUUGACGACCUCCGGAGUGAACUUGGGAGAGGAAAGAAGAUGUUUAACCAGGAAUCUCCGCACAAAUGCUAGCACGUGUGGCAGAACGUGUAAUUGAAGAUCAGACCUGAAAACCCCUUCUCUAAUCUACAUUAACCCCGAACCCUACAAAUGUGCUCAGCUUGUGAAUGUUUUCCGGAGACAUUGUGCCCGAGGUUUCAUUGCCUCACCUAGAACGCUAAAGACAAUCCAGGAAUCAAAUCCUUCGAUUAUGGCUAGGAACGUUGCUUGAUUUCAACCCGUCGAAAUUUAGGGUAGAGGAUGGAUUUUUAUUUUCAAAUUUUAGCUUGAAGCCAAAAAGAAAUCAUAACAGCAGAGCGGGGAAAUGUGGAAACUUUGUGAUGUUUGAAUGUAUGAAGAGCAUCCGACUGAGGGCCGGGUUAAUGUAGGAAAACGUGCGGCAUGAAGUAAGGAGAGUCAUGCGCCUCACAACAAAACAAAAUGCAUCCAUGGGUCUGGGUGUCCAGGCUUAAUGUAGAGGUUGACCCGAACCGUCGAUGAUUCCUUUUCUUCCACGGAUGCUGCUCGACCCGUGAGUUCCUCCUGCAGAUUGUUUGUUGCUUCAGAUUCCGGCAUCUACAGUCUCCCGUGUCUCCUAAAUACACCAAUAAACAGUGGAGGGAUUGAAAUCUGCACCGCAGUACUAACUCAUUAUCUGCAUUGCCUGACAUUGGACAGAGGCAGAAUGAGCUGUGUAGCGGGUGCUGAAAAUAAAUCAGAUUGUUGAUUGAAACGACUUUAAAACAGAAGGAACAAAAAAUGACAGAGUUAUGCAAGUUAAGAAUAUUUUAAACUACAUUCCAUUCCCCGUGUUUUUAAACACACAUGGUUCUUUGUAAAUGUUUUUGGCACUUUACGCUGUUUUUUUUUACUAUUUUCAUGUAUCACUGGAUUUCUAAUCUUUUAAAACGAAUAAAUUGCCAUUUCCUAGGCA